CAUGCUUGCCACCAGCCACUGUUGUCUCCCCGGCAGAGAGGAGAAAGUUGAUGCAAAUUCCGAGUAAUCUCCAGGAGCUUUCAGACACCCGUGCAAGCCCAGGUUCCUUCUGUUCUCUCCUACACAUUUACUCUGUUUCACUGACAUACACCCACCAGCCAUCACUGCUGGUACUGUAGAGAGAAGAAACGACACGAAGAGGACUGUUACAGAUCUUUAUACCCAGCUGCUCACCUAGCCAUCACCAGGCAAUUUGGCAAAGAUGUGGACUUUUCUUGUAGGGGUAAUUUUUGGAAUACUGGCCUCUGGCAAUUCAAAGCAACUUCAAGUGAACUCUCGCACGUGCAGUUAUGCAGGUGUUUUUCUGGUUGAGGGAGAGAGUCGUCACUCUCUGUCUUUUGAAAUGGCCUCAAAAGUCUGUGAGCAGCUGGAGAGCACAAUGGCAAGUCCAGCACAAGUCCUGGAGGCCUAUAACAACAGCAUGGAAACUUGCAGGUACGGUUGGAUCAACAAUGGGAGCAGUGUCAUUCUCAGGCAAACUCAGCAUGAAAACUGUGCAAGGAACUUGACUGGGUUUAUUGUUAACUCACGUACUGAAGAUUACUUUGAUGCCUACUGUUUUGACGAAAAUGAUAGUGCUGAGAAGAACUGCAGCAAAGCUUUCCAUGAAAGCAGAGUUUUACUCUCAGAUACAACAGCUCUGACAUCACCACAGCCACUGACUGAUGCCACAAUAGAGCCAGAAACAAUCCCACCGGAGGACUUCAGAAAUGCUCCAACACCUGCAAGUACACCCGAAGGUCUGAGUAAAGAUGAUUUCACUACGGUUCCUGAGGAGGGAAACCCCACUGGAGGAAGCAAUGUCACUUCCGCUUCCACUGAAAUGGACCUGCAUGAUGGAUCUGGGAUGACUUCAGCUCAACCAGAGGAGGAAAAAAUAACUCCAGUGAUCAACCCUGAAACAACAAUAUCGAGUGAAAGGAGACCUACUGAAAUAUUAGAGCCCACUGAUGCCAAACCGAAUAGCGGAGGAAGAAAAUCAUUGAAUUCGGCAAAUGAUCCAAAAGACAGCAGCUCAUCAGACUGGCUGGUUGUUAUUGGUGUUAUUGUAGCAGUUGGUGCAAUUCUCCUUGUAUGUGCAGCUGUCGCCAGGAGAAAUGGGUGGUGUGGCAGAAAGCAAACGCUGAAUAUCACAACCAAAGACAGCAGCGACGGCAAUGGGGUCGCAGCUGCAGCAUGCAGCUCCCGCAACCCGGAGAGAGAACAGGAGAUGGUGACCCUCAUGAACAAGGAGACCAUCCAGGAGAACGGCAAUACGGAGGAGUUCACUGUCAUCACGUUAGAGCAGUCUCCAGAUAAAGACCAGCAGGCCUGAGAGCUGGGCAGGAAAGAGCUGAGGAAGCUGGGGGAAGACUUUUGAGAGGAUAAAAGAGUCGGAGGGUGUUGGCGGCUUUUAGUGGAUGGGCACUGAGUAAGAGUAUUUGAAUGUGUCAUAAUGUGUCAUUCUGUGUUCAACUAAAGUACAAAGUUUUGCACAAAAGCUUUGUUAAGAGGCUAAGCAUUUCAGAUCAGCGUGCAAGAAUGAGAAAUUUAGAACAAAACAUCAGAAUACGUUUGUUUUCCGUUCACCUUAGUUACUGUGUGUGCUAUGUUUAAUUAUUGAUUAUGGGGAGUUCUAAGAGUGGGUAAAAAGCUUUUCGUUAAAUUUGAUGACUGUAAAAUUCUAGAAAUUAAUCUUAAUUGGAAAAAAGAACUAAACAGUCAUUUUCUUUUUGUUAUAUUUUUAUUAUAUGUUUUAUUUUCCUGGUUUUCCUUUCUGCACAUAUUUCAGACAUGUUCUCGUAUCUGUAAUUGUUGCUUUAAGAAAACUGGGGAUGCAUCAAUCUCAAUUAUUUUCCUUUUGAUUCUGUUUUCUCUGUCUGUGUACAUAAUAUAAAACUUUGUAAGUCUUGCAAUAGCUGCCAUUGCUUUUUGUUUUUUCAUAGGGAAAUGCUUUGUGGAUUUAGCACAAAGGACUGCUGCUGUUUCUAGUAGUAUUUAAUCAGAAACUGUACUGUGGUUUGUGAAGGUCAAAAUAGAUAGCAUCCUGAAUCAGCAUGAUUUAUAGCUUUCCAAAGUGAGUGCGUAAUGCACAACUGAUGAUGAUGAAUACAGAAAAAAAAUAUGUUUUGAUUAUACUGUGUGGAUGAAAAGUGUGUUAUAGGGAAUCUGCUCAACAGAUACUGAUUUUGAAACAAAAUAAUGAACUGGGUGAUAUUUCAAGCCCGUUUAUCUCAAGCUCAAUUUUUAUGAGGUGAAGUGUAAAUAUUGGACAUCCAAAUGAGAAGUUAAUCCACUGCAGAUGUUUAGCAAUGCAAAAGGCUCAUUAAAGAGAAACACUUCUUUGCUCUGAACCAGAUGUGAUAAAAGAAGCUGAUGUUUAUAUUCUAUGUUUCUUUAUAAAGCUUUCAAUAUUGUAAUCAUCUUUUUCUAUUGAACUUUCUGUAGCUUGACUAUAUCGCACACAUGUAUUAAUCAACUUUAUUCUCUGUGUGGCCAAUGUAGUUUUUAGAAUAAGACUAAAUUAUAUACAGUCAUUGUGAAUGACAUUCUUUUGACUUGUUACUUAACCCUCCUGUUAUUUUCAGCAAUAAAGUUUGUGGGUCAAUUUGACCCGUGGAGAGUUUAAUCAUGCAAUAGUUUCAGAAACCAAAUAAUUCCUCCAAAACAUUUUUGUAUCUGAUUAUUAGCGCCAAUACUAACCAUUUCAAUUAAUAUUUGUCCAAUUAUGUUUUAUUAUUUUUCACAAAUGAAGGAUCAAUGAAGACAAUUUACUCAUUUAUUCAUUUGGACAUAAAAAAUGUAAAUGAAAUUUUUUAUGUCCACUGAAAAAACCCUACAAGUGAAACAAAACAAUAAAUUCCUUGAAAAAUUUUAUAUAGCUAUUUUUUUUUAUUUUUAUGGGUGAUCUUUAUAAUUGAAGUUGAGACACAUAUACUUUUCUGGGUCAAAUUGACCCGCUGAUUAAAAUCAAGAUAAAUUAUUCUUGCAGAGAGUAUUUAUGUUUUCCUCCACUUCUGCUGUGUGUCCACUCAGUGUGGGUGGAGUUUGUCCACAGGAACAGAAAAGGUUCCCAUCAAAAGUUGUAUGAACACCAGCUUUCUCGCAGGUUCCUAGUGAAGUAAAGAGAAUAGUGAGAAAGUGGGCUUGUGUGCUUGGGGGCGUGCACAUGCGUGUGUGUGUGGUGAAAUGUGGUUCAUAGCUGCAAGGAAACAUAUAGAAUUGGACACUUUUAAAAUCUCUUUUACCCUUCAACUUGACUGCCAGGUCAAAUUGACUCUAUGUAAAAAAUAAAUGCAGGGGGAGUUGCAAAUGUGUAAAAUGAAUACAUUUUCAAUUUAUAUGUAGAGUGCACCUAUUAAGACAAAUAUAAAAAGUUUCCUGCAAAAAAAAUACUUCCAACUAUUUUUAGAAAGUUUUGAAACUUUCAAAUGGGUCAAUAUGACCCGCAACAUAACAGGAGGGUUAGGUUUAUUUUUACAUUGUCCUUUGUUUUGAAGAGGACAAAGUGUUGCACUAAAGUAGGCAAGUUUGACAAAAAGAUUUUGCUGAAAAGAUCUGUAAAGUGACAACAAAAUAAAUAAAAUGUGUACAGAUGCGCCGGAA